AUGGAACAAGGGAGUAAUGUUUUUCAACUAAAAUACAACGAAUACAAGCAAACAUUGGAAGAGUUGCAAAGCAAGGUAAUUGAGUUGAGCCAUGAUAAGGAUGAGCACGACAUCGUGCUGGAAACUCUGAGCAAAACUGAUCCUGAGCGCAUAUGUUAUCGCAUGGUAGGUGGUGCAUUAGUUCAAAGUGAUGUCAAAACUACACUACCAAUUCUAACCACUAAGAGAGACAAAAUCACUGAGACGGUAUCCAGGUUUAAAGCUGAACUCAUCUCAGUUGCACAAGAAUUUGAGAAAUGGAAAAAGGAUAACAAGAUUCAUGUUGUGAAACAAUAA